AUGAAUACUGGUGCUAGUUUUUUAUCAAUUUUAGUUAUACUUAUAGUUGUUUCGAUUCCAAGCCACGAGAUAGAAUUUGUUGAUGAACCAAAUGAUAGUUAUGGGCUAGAGAACCAGCAAAUCACACUUGUUUGUUCAGCUGUAGGGUCUCCAAAUAUCACGAUUACAUGGCAUAAACUAGACAAUAUUUCUUUUGCAAGCGGUUCCACUAAAGUGGCUGGAGAUAGCGUAUAUUCUUCAUAUGGGUUUACUCUUGUUAGUGAAAAUGAGGGUGAUUAUUACUGCAAUGCAUCGGAUUCCCUUCACUGGAUUCAGUCCAAGAAAGCAAGUGUCCGAAUUUCAUUCCUUAACGAAAAGUUUAAAUUAGAGCCUCAAAGCAAAGUGGCAAAUAUUGGUGAUACAGUUUUAUUGGAAUGUAUUCCUCCUUUUGGGCUACCCAGUCCUACUAUUGAGUGGCUAAAAGAAAACUCUUCUCUGUUACCCAACAAUCGAAUACAGAUUAUGGAUGUUGGAAAUUUGAGGAUCGAUAGGAUAACGUGGCAAGACUCUGGCUACUAUACUUGCGUAGCCAAAUCUUUUGCUUACCGCAGGGAAAGUUCCAAGGCCUAUCUUACUGUUCGGCAGCGUCCAUACUUUAUUGUCUCACCUAAAAGUCAAUCAGUGCCAGUGCAUAGUGUAUUUGAACUGAGUUGUCGUGCUGCUGGGGAGCCCUCCCCUGUCGUUGUUUGGCGCAGAGAACCUUCAGUCCCCAGUAUUCCAUACUCACGUGUUCGGCUGCUUCUAGGUGGAACACUUCGUUUUGUAAGUGUUCAGUCUGAUGACUCUGGAUAUUAUAUUUGUCGGGCAGUUAGUUCGACAGGGAUUGUUGAAGCAGUCGCCUACAUAAAUGUUGUUACACCUCCAGGUUUGGUUGUCACGCCUCCUAGUAAAAUAUACGCAUAUGAAGGCAACCGGGUUGAGUUGUUUUGUAGUGUGACAGGCUCCCCAUCCCCAGAUGUUCGUUGGUUGCAGUGGUCAACUAAAACAUAUUUCAUCCCAACUGUAUCUGUAUCCGAGAGGAUUUACGUCACGAGUUCUGGGAAUCUUAUUAUACUUACUGCCAGGCCGGGAGAUGCUUCUACGUAUGAAUGCCGCGCUUCGUCUCCUGCUGGUUUUACUAGGAGCCUGACGGAUAUUCAAGUUCUGUUUAAUCCCAAAUUAAUUCCAGGUCGUGUGGGUGCUGUCUCAACUCCUCAUAUUUUUGGUAAAAGUUUCCGCAGUCCAACAGCAGUACGAGUACUUUGUGGCAUUCCGUUGGAUCCUGUAUUCAAUUAUUCACAUGGAACUCAGUCUAUUUCUAAAGAACCCGAACUUAGCGCGAAAUCGGACAUAAUAUGGCUUAACAAUGGUGAAUUCAUUCAUAAACCAAGUUCAUCAAACUCUCGGAUUUCAAUCGAGGCAGAUGGCUCUUUACUACUUUAUCCAUUUCGACCACAUGAUGCAGGAAACUACACUUGUUCCGUCUACCGAAAAGUAAGCCAUCGGUUCGCACAGUACUCUUUUACUAUAAGCUUAAAAGAGCAUAAUGAUUCAAUAUAUCAACCUCGUACGUAUUCCCAGUUACCUUCACCUCCAGAAAAUGCAAGAAUUGUUAGUGUUGGUGACACGUGGGUAGUUUUAAAAUGGUCUGACAACAAUUCUUCUGAGUCAACCAGCUAUAAAGUUUACGUUUUACCGCAGAUUCAUUCUCAGAAAACAGUUCACUCAGAUCGACAUUUUCAGGACCUAAAGCAGACUAAGACUACCAGUGAUCAUAUGAAGUCAGAUGAAACACAGAUGCCUAGUAGUAAACCCUUUAAACUGGAUACCUGGUUCACUGCAGUUGAAAAAACUUACCAUACCCAAGUCCGUAUAACAGGCCUAUUACCUGAUACCGGAUACUGGGUUGAAGUUAGAAAAGUUAAUAGUUUCGGAAUGAGUUCAGGAGCUCUAGUACCUUAUAUAGUGUAUACUGUAAAAAAGCCUUCUGAAAUUAUAUUUUCACAUGUUUCAAAGAGUAAUAGGACAGUUUCUGAUUUGGUAAUCAAGCAUCCUAAUUCGUUUUUUGCUGGUGGUCAAACAGCUGUUGAUUUUCAGGAGCUGGUUUCAACAUUCCAGUCCAUAGAUUUACAUCGCAUAUCAAUCCGACCCCUCACGUCUUCCGAACUUUUGGUUAGCUGGGCUGCACGGUCUUCUAAUGAAGUGCUCAAGCGUAUUGAUGGUUUCAAAAUAAACGUGCGAUCAGUUCCAAUGUCACGUUGCAUAGCUGCUGUUACAUCUAAACCACCAAGCUAUUCGUCUGCCUUUCGCGAAAACAUUGGAGAUUCAGGAUCGUUGGAUAUUUAUGAUACCAGUCAUGAGGAUUUUUCAUUUACUAGUUCAGUUCACUGUUCUUUCACAUCCCCUAAGCUUCUCGAACAAACAGUUUUAAUGGCUAAUGCAGUGAGUGAUAAAGAUGUAAUAUAUGUUGGGACCUCAGAUCACUCAUUUCAAAACAUAAUCAUCAUGAAGACUGUAUCUCGCGAUCAGCCGGUUGCUAAGGCUGUUAUCGGUGAUCUGUCACCUUUCAGUUGCUAUGAGACGGAUAUUGAAGCCUUCAAGGACGAUCCAACAUACGGUCGUAUUCUAAGCAGAUCUAGUCGAUCUGAAUUGGCUUUGACUCUCGAUGCACCACCCAGCUCCUCGCCAGAAUUAAUAAGCGCUGAAUGGCUUCUUCACAUUAGUCCGUUAAAUCCCGAACAAAUAACAGGAGGUCAGAAAAUCAACUCUUCCACAUAUCCAUCUGAAAGUAUUCGAUUAUCAUGGAAACCACUUGAGUUAAAAAUGGCUCAUGGUGCACUUUUAGGAUAUGCAGUACAUAUCCUGGCGAACAAAAGUCAGUUCAGUCGUUCUCUUCAUGUAUCUGCAGACAUCCAUUCAAAAAAUAUUCAUGGCCUAAAUCCGUUCGUCGAUUAUAUCAUUUAUAUUUCUGGGAUAAACUGCAAAGGAGAGGGAGUACGUAGUUCUGGAUAUCAUCUUCGAUCUAUUGCCGCUGGGUUGCAUAAUCCUAUUAAGUCUUCUGAUUAUGAAUUAAAUUAUUUAGAACAUUUUGAUUUCCCUGUGUGGGGUUAUAUUUUACUUUUUGGGUUUGUCGUCUUCUGGAUUUUGUUUGGCUUAUUUAUUCACUUUGUCGUCCGUCAAACUUCAAGAAAGCAGUGUUUAAAAUCUUCAGCCAAGUAUUUCGUUGCUAAUGGUUCCAACAUAGAUGCGCAGCAUCAGAAAACCUUUCGGAGAAAUAUUCUACAUGGAAUAAGUUUCGGAAUGUGCUGUACCUCGUUAAAUUUCCAAAAAAACAAGUCAGAAAGUCACUCCAUUGUUGAUAGAAACUUGGGCACCGUCUUACUGAGUAGUGAGCAACAAGAGGUGGAAACGGGACAUCUACUCCAUCAUUUGAACCCAUCUCAAUCUAAGUUACUUAAUGACAAACCUGUUUCUGAACACAAAUUAAUGACUUUACGUUCUGCCUCUGGCAAAAACGAAGCAACUCCUACAGAAUGUACACAUGCAGCAUCACCGCUGUUUGAGUACUUAACUGGCAAUGAAGACGUUGAGGUGUAUGCUAUCAGUGAUCCUUCUGUGUGUUCUAAUAACCUUAGUUACUUGCCUUCAGGUGUAUUGAAGAUGACUACAACAUCCGGUAGCAAUGCAACUAUCUUAAGCCAAAAUGGAUUAACUGAAGAAAAUAUGUCGAAUCAAAGUAACCCAAUUAGCAGACCGAAAUUGCCAGAUUCAAUAAAUAUACCAUUCCCAGUACCUCCGAUUUGUCACUCAAAUUUAUGUACACCGAAACUUGCAUACCAAAGCAACUCUUUACAUUUACUGUCACUGCCAGAUCGUUAUGCGUCAAACCAAUUAGACGAAUCUAUUGAUCCACAGAAGUUCACUUCAGAGGAUACUGUACCCGCGUAUGCAAGUUGUUCAGUAUUUAAUAUUCACAAAACGGAAGUCAUCGAUCAUUGUAAUCAACACAGUGGAACACCAAGUGUUGUACUGAUGCGCAACAAUAGUAACUUGUGCACGAAAUUAAAAAACUCUAAUCGAAAUAAUUUUGUUGCGAAUUCAUUCAAUCUAGGCGAUAAUUUGAAAUCUGCAGAAUUUCUAGCAUCUGUAAAUGGCAGUCAUUUACCAUUGUCUAAUGAUUUCCAUAAUGCUGCUUCUUGUAGUUGGCAAUUUAUUCCACAUAACAUCAAUGGUUCAGUAAUUCGAGAGGAGCACAAACCAGAAAAUGUUAUUCCUCCUCCACCUGAAUAUCCACCACCGCCUUUACCGUCGGCUUCAACAAAAUUAUGCGGUCUUCCUAAUUUAUGGAUUCCGAAUUCCGAAUCAGGUGGUGACCUACAUAGACCACUUGAAUUAAAAGAGCAUCAAUUACGUUUUGUUUCCGACGAUAGUAGUCUACCAAGUGGUGGAACCUACCUGUCAAAUUGUUACUCUCCUCUGUCAGGAGCUUAUGCUGAAACUCGUUACAUUUCAUGUACAAUACCAAAUUCAAACAUUGGUUUUCAUAAAGUCGGUUCUUGUUUUGUUAAUAGUCAGGCGAAUAAUUGCAUUGAAUUGUCUCCACCAUGUUAUAUAAAACAAUAUCUCUCUCCAACUGGUCAAAAUAUAACAGAAUUUCAUGAUACAAUGUGUAUGGUUAGUGCAGAACAUAGUCUCAGUCCAUUAGGUAAUGCUUUCCCAAAUACUUCAGUAAUUAUUAACCCUGGACAAUUUGAUUCACCUGUACGCGGUAAAAGUUGUCAAUUAUUCACCGAUAAUAGUGGAAAUGGUGAAAGUAGUAGUGGUUUAUCUGCUACAAGUGGUUUGGGGAGUACUGCUAUAGGGAGCGGAAGUGCUAAAUAUCCUGCAUGUAGACGACCUGAUGAUAUACAUACUGUUAAUGGACUUACAUCCGGCAGCGAUUCAUCUAAUUGUUCCAACGCACACAUGAGUAUAGUAAUGCAUCGGAAUAACCAAAAUACAUUGCCACCAUACUUUUCUCCGGCAGAACAACGACGACAACAAAUAGCUCAGUCUAUUUCGAAAUCUGUUCUACUCUCAUGCAAUACAUCCUGUUGUUCUUCAACAUCCUCUUCAUCUACUAAUUCUAAGAAUGGAAUUAUAAAAAAAUCGGAACAUUAUUCAAGUCAUCCGAGUAAUAAUAAUAAAAAUGAUAGUAAUGCUGAUGAUUUGUCAAAAUCGUUUCAAUAUGUUAUACCUGAAAAUAUUUCAUCUAAUAAUAAUUCAAUGCAGUUAUCAUCGUUAUUCUGUAGAUAUGGUGAACUUCCACAACAACAGCGGUCAACGAAUUCACUUGUUGUAUGUAAUCCAGUUAUCUCUAAUAGUGCAAAUUUUCAUGAACCUUCUAUGCUAUCAACACCAACCUGUAAUCAUUGUUUUACUGAAUCAAAUGUUAAUAAAAAUGAAAUUAACAAAUCAUCAUCAUCACAGAUGAUGCCAACAACUGUUCUGGUGUCCAGUCAUGAUCUAAGUAAAGCGACUAGUUCCAGUACUACUACUACUACUACUACCACCGGUACUGUGACUAAUAAUAAUAAUAGCGUUGGUGCACAUUGUAGAACUAUUCGGACAUGA